CUCGGGUCCGGCCAGCUGCGCGCCGCCCGGAGAGGCGCCAGCCCCGGGGGUGCCGGAGGGGGCGGCGGCGCGGGGCGCAGGUGGGGACCCCGCAUCCGGCUCCGGGCCGCCCUAAGCCUCUGAUCCAUCCUCAGCCGCCCCGCCACCCUCCCCGCGUCCCCGGCGGCGCCGGCUCGGGAGCAGAGCGGGCGGCGACGGCGACGGCGACUGGCGGGCUUGGGGACGCCGAUCGAUCGCGGGGCGCAGCGGCCCCGGAGCGCUGGCCAUGGCCUCCAACUUUAACGACAUAGUCAAGCAGGGCUACGUGAAAAUCCGCAGCAGGAAGCUGGGGAUUUUCAGACGAUGCUGGUUGGUGUUCAAGAAGGCUUCCAGUAAAGGACCUAGAAGGCUAGAAAAAUUUCCAGAUGAGAAAGCUGCGUAUUUCAGGAAUUUUCAUAAGGUAACUGAGCUACACAACAUCAAAAAUAUAACCAGACUGCCUCGAGAGACAAAGAAGCAUGCAGUGGCAAUUAUCUUCCAUGAUGAAACUUCAAAGACAUUUGCCUGUGACUCAGAGCUGGAGGCUGAGGAAUGGUGCAAGCAUCUGUGCAUGGAGUGUCUGGGGACCAGACUGAAUGACAUCAGUCUGGGGGAGCCUGACCUGCUGGCAGCUGGGGUGCAGCGGGAACAGAAUGAGCGAUUCAAUGUGUAUCUUAUGCCGACGCCAAAUCUGGAUAUUUAUGGGGAAUGCACCAUGCAGAUCACUCAUGAGAAUAUCUAUCUCUGGGAUAUCCACAAUGCCAAGGUCAAACUCGUCAUGUGGCCCCUCAGCUCCUUGAGGAGAUAUGGGCGAGAUUCAACAUGGUUUACCUUUGAGUCAGGAAGAAUGUGUGACACAGGAGAAGGACUAUUCACUUUUCAAACAAGGGAAGGAGAAAUGAUCUAUCAGAAGGUCCAUUCCGCGACACUGGCCAUAGCUGAGCAGCAUGAAAGAUUAAUGCUAGAAAUGGAGCAGAAGGCCCGGCUCCAGACAAGCUUGACUGAGCCAAUGACAUUAUCCAAGUCAAUAUCUCUUCCCCGUAGCGCAUACUGGCAUCAUAUCACCCGUCAGAACAGCGUCGGAGAAAUCUACAAUUUGCAAGGACAUGGUUUUGGUCCCUCCAAGAUGUCGCGUGCACAGACAUUUCCCAGCUACACCUCGGAGCAGAGCGAAGAGACCCAGUCCACGUUGUCCAGGUCCAGCAGCUAUAGAUUCAGCUACAGCUCCAGCCUCAUUCAAUGACACAGAGUCAGUGCUGGCCAGAGAGACAGUCUGCCCUGGAUCUGCCCGGAGGGUCACUUGCACCCUUGGCCUCCUGGAAGACCAAUGGCAGAACACAUUGAAAUGGGUCAGGUCUAGCCCCCAGCCCAGUGAAAGGUGGCAAAAGAUUUCUGCUUCCAUGAUUCCAUGGCUAAGUCCUUUCUUUAUUGAAUUUCUUUGAGAGAAAUCUAGGUUUUACAAAAGUUGAAUCCCAAUUGUCUGAACAGUUCUAUAAGUCCAAUCCUUUGGGUCUGAGAGUAGCAGAAACCUGGGUUCUGGGAGGAGUUGUUCACACUGGGUGGGCAUCAAUCUCUCUUUUUUCCUGGCUCUGUCCUGACUGAGAACAGGGUUUAACCUCGGACAUAAAGGUGACCCACCACCACUGUAUAGCUUGGAAGUCUUGAACAGAGACAAAUCCAGUGAGCUAUACACAUAGCCAAAUAACUGUCCUCAUACAUAAGGGAACAUGGAAUUUUGAAUACACUAAUAAGCAGGGCCUUGUCGCUCUACUUUGUGUGUCUCUAUGUGUGUAGACAAACACAAGUAUGGAUAUGGUACUAUCCAUCUUGUAUCUUAUCAGUAUAUAUCAAAUGUGUGCUGAGGGUGACAGGUUAUGCUCACUUAAAUUGUUGAAUACUGUAAUUUGGUGCAUUAAAAUUAAGAUUGUUAUGUUGAAUAGCUAUUUUUAAAAUAGUGCUGUAAAAAAAUAACAAAGGCUUCUUAUUUGUAAAAAGUAUUUAUGUUGUCAAGUCUGCUCCUAUGCAAGUGCCAGUGGAAAUGUGAGAAGAAGGUAUCCUAGGAACAAAAGAGCCAGAUAUAUUGGUUUAUGUCACCUCGCUGCUUAGUGACAAUGUAGUUGACAAAAUGUCUCCCCUUCUGAGCUAUGUGGGGAAGACUCCUUGUGAGAGGGUGGGUUUCUGUUGAACCCUGAGGGGGGAAAAAUGGAAUUCUAAGUGGGAACUGGUUUAAGAAAGAUUAAAAACUACACUGAAAGAGAACCAGCUCUUUAAUAUAUCACUGACUUACUCCUUUAGAACCCUCAGAGCUGGACAAUUCAGUGUAUACCCAAGAUGUGAUGGGUUCUCUUUUUCAUCUACUAAACAAGGGCUGGCUGAGAUCAAAAGGGGAAAUGGCCUAAUGGAAAUGUCUCCAUUCCUGACACUUAAUGACAGAUUUACACAUAUUAAAGGGAAUUAGGACUUACACUUGAAACAAGAAAGUUGAGUUAAUUCUAGUCACAGUGAAUCAGGAACUUCUAUUUUUGCCCUCAAUUUUUGAGUUCAUGUGGGGAGAAAUACAUUUCUUCUGCCAGAAUAUCUGCUGCUGCACUAAGCCAAGGGCCAUUAGAGCUCCUGUGACUCCAGGCUAGAUAGGGACCAUGGACUAAGGGCAUGGAAGAUAAAAACUAUCUCAUCUCUGUCACAUCAAACACUUCUUUAACUUUUCAAAUGAGUCUGUUUAAAAUCACCUGUUUUGCUGAUCUCUAAAAAAUUAUUUGGGGGGGAUAUCUACAAUUUAUUCAUGAAAGAGUUCUGAGUCCCUCCUUGAAAAAUAUUUCACCUAGCUCAACUACGUAGACUCUUUCAAUCUGUCAUAGCUGUAUGAAAAUCAAGAUGCUCAUGAUAAGAGUUAAUGUGGCUGUGAAAGAAUUAUCUUGAGCUUUCAAGAAUCAGAAAAAAAUGACUCAGUUUCCGCAUUUUGUGUUGGACUGACAUUGCAGAAGAGCUGAUGGUGGUUCAUGACCAUAAGGCAGCCUUCCCUGCAGUCCCAGUUUCUUGGGGUCCAACACUUCAGAAUGACUUGAACACAUGACAUUGAGUAUGGAAAUGCCAUUAGGAAACAUGCCCGAGCAACUCCAGCUGAGACCAUUUGAGCAUAGCUCCUGGGAGGGUUGUGUGCAGAGCAAGUCUCGUGCUAGUUCUUUCAGUUGAGCUGUUGCUUAGAGACCAGAAGUUUCCAAGGACUUAUGUGGAAGGUCCUCAGGGGUCCUGGUACUUGUCUCAGCUUUAUUAAUGUGCCCAAAAGCACAGGCAGCAAGUCCCGAUAGGAUUCUGCUAACUAGAUGAGUUGCUCUUUGCAUGCUUGGUAGGACACUCAAUAUACCUGCAUGAAGUUUCCUUCCUGAACACCUAUACCUGAACACCAUUGUGUUGUGUUUUUUUUUUUUUUUUUACCAGUAAAUGGAAUUGGGCAAGGACAAAGAGCUUGCUAAAUUAAUCUUGGGCCAGUUCAUUUUGCAUUAAAAAAUGGUAUUAAAAAAUGUAUGAAGAAAAAUGUCCUUCCCAAGUCUGGAACCCAAACACAACACAAUAGGAAUCAGGCUAAUAAAAUAUCUUGCAGUAUGUUUCUGGAGACUGAUCCUACCAUUUUUUCCAACUGCACUCUUAGAAUUGUAGCCAAGUCAAAAAUAUGAAAUGAAUAAAAAGGGCAUGGCUAUUUAUCUAAUAUACUUAGCAUAAGGUGGUGUAUCCUUGAUUA